AUGAUGACAAGACACCAAAAGGCUGAGGUAAUGAUUGCCGGAGAACAGCUAAGAUUGCGACUACAUGAUAGCAAGUUGAUCAAGGACCGCAGACACCAUUUGCGAACGUACCCGAAUUGUUUUGUGGCUCAGGAGCUUAUUGACUGGCUGAUUGCUCAUAAAGAAGUGCCUGAUCGAGAGACUGCAGUCCAGCUCAUGCAGCACCUCAUGGACCAUGAUAUCAUUCAUCACGUGUGUGAUAAGUGGCCCGUGUUUAAAGACGCCCAAUACUUACACAGAUUCAGAAAGGAUGAUGGCACAUUUCCUUUCAACAUAGAGGUUAAGAUCUUCAUGCGUGGACAGAGGCUGUAUGAACAUCUGAUUACAAGCAAAGACUCCAUCUUACAGCUGAGACAGGAAAAGGGAGUGGCUUAUGAUCGUUCUUUCCCUGGUUACAUGUUAAUUGAUUGGCUGCUACAGAACGGUGAAAUAGAGAGUCGAUGGCAAGGACUGGAUCUCUGCAAGGCCCUACUAGAGCAUGGUAUCAUUCAGCAUGUCUCUCUGAAGCACCACUUCUUUGACAGCGGGCUGCUGUAUCAAUUCUGCAUUAACUUUCGCCGGCGGCGCCAUCUUUCUGAACUGUUGCAUGAGACAGAGAAUGAAGAGGUUGAAUGUAUAACACACCAAAGCCAAGAAGACCAGGCUGACAGUCCCUUCACAAUGCACAAAACUCCUCCACCUGAAGGCAACAGUGACUUUUCAUCUGUUCAACCUACUUUGGAUGGACGAUGUGGAAGUUUGACCCACCAGCAGCAUAGUUCACGUGGAUACCCACUCACUGCUUCUCUUACUGUUGCCCUUGCAGUACGAUGCAAUCCCACAUCAGUGCUGAAAAGACAUGUAACCUGUGAAGAGCUGUUAUCUCCAGGUGCUCCUUAUGUAAAAAGAGUUCUUACGAUCCUCGGUGAUGCCCUAGGCUGGGGCUUUGUAGUACGUGGAAAAUCACCUUGUUAUGUUCAGGCUGUGGAUCCUGCAAGCCCUGCUGCAGCAGCAGGAAUUAAGGUUCGCCAGUUUGUGUGCCGAGUGAAUGGACGCAGUGUGCUUCACUUAGACUAUCAUACUCUUUCAAAGCUGGUGAUGACUGGACCCCGUGUUGUUACUUUGGAAGUCAUGGAACCACUGGAUUAA